AACCAUUUGCUGCCGAAUGGUCUAUAGUCCUGCUGACUCAUUCUACGUGAGUAUUGCAGCGAUUUUGCUGGCUAAUGCUGGGAUAUAUAUGUGAUCCAAAUCUUUGUUCGCCCUUCACUUCUUUCCAUUCACUGCCAAACCAUCUUGACGAGCUGCAAUUUCAAACAUCAAACGCAAGCACCCGCAUUUACUUUUCACCUGACCACUCCACCGUCAACCUCAUCACAAAACAUCAAGAUGUCUUCCACCAAAACUUACAACAUGGAAAGCCUGCGUCGCGAGCUCAACAACAUUCCUACCACUACUGCACCAGCCUCCAUGCCCGUCGUGGUGCGUCAACUCGCCAAUAUCUACGACAUCGAAAGCAUUCGCCGCGAGCUUGACAACAUCGCCGCCACUUUUGUUUCGGCACCUAUCUCGAUGCCUAUCAGACUUCGUCACGUCAACAUCACACAGAACCAAAGCAAAGAGACACAGAAGGCACAGAAGGGAUCCAGCGAAAAAGCUAUCCCGCCAGUCUCAUCAACAUCAACAUCCCUGCGUGUCGCCAAGACCGCAGAAGAAAGUUAUAGCAACAAAGAGGUCGGCACAUCAUCGCCGCCUCCAGCAUCAACACCAGUAUCCCUGCCUGUCAUCAAGACCGCAGAAGAAAGCCAUAUCAACAAAGAGGCCAGCACAUCAUCGCUGCCUUCAGCAUCAACACCAAAUCCUCUCUAUUCCGUCAAGAAGGCAGGAAAAAACCAAAUCAACAUGGCGCAAUCAACCAAGCAGGAUGAUCUCAUCAAGACUUCCACCGCUCCGAAGCCAAUCAAGCCUCGCCGUAGCAUCUUCGACUCUACAUGGGCAGAUGAAAUAUCAACAUCACCCGAACCGAAACAGACAUCCAACAAGCCGGACGAUCACAUCAAGACGAUUACCGCUCCGAAGUCAAUCAAGCCUCGCAGCAGCAUCUUCGACUCCACAUGGGCAGGUGAAACAUCACCAUCACCAGAACCACAAAAGACUUCCACCAAAUCACGUCGUCGCAGCUCUAAAGCCGCAAAGCAACAAAAGCAAGCAUCACCAUUACAAGAAACUCCUGCUCAACCCCAAAAAGCAGCAGCGGCACCAAAAGCUACAACUCCUAAGCCGGCACCAAAAGUCAUCGACAUCGUCGCACCUCAAGUCCAACCCACCGAUGCCAUCAAGACUGCACCCAAAAUCAUCCUCACCGAUGCUUCUAAGCCGGCACCCAAGAUCACCAUCACCGCCGCACCUCAAACCAAAACCCCCGAUGCUAUCAAGCCGGCACCAAAGAUCACCGCCGCAACUCAAACCAAGCCAACAGUCACAAACAAAUACUCCAUCUUCGCGUCUGCAUAUGCGAACUAA